AUGCGUUCCUACGUCGCUGCUCCUAUCGUCAUUGCUGCUCUCUCUGCGGCUCCGUCUCUUGCUCGCCCUAUCGCCAGCCCCGCUCCUACUGCUGAAGGCAGCGAAGCGAUUAACUGGAACACCGUCGGCUACGACGUCGGCAAAGUCGGCAGCGUCGCCUCUCACUUCCUUCGCCGUGCAGCCCCUACGACUGGCAGCGAGGCGAUCAGCGCGCAGCAGGUCGGCCAGGAUGUCGGCAAGGUUGGCAGCGUACUCCUCCACUUCCUCCGCGACGACGCCGGUGAUGCCAGCGAGGCGAUCAACUGGAAGCAACUCGGGGACGAAGCUAGACCGCUCGGCCACAGCAUCUACGCCCCCAACCUCAGGCGCGAGGAACCCACAGGUUCCGAGGCGAUUAAUUGGAAGAACGUCGAGCACGACGUUGGACAGUUCGGCCAGGGUGUCAUCAGCAGUCUCAAGCGCGAGGAACCCACAGGUUCCGAAGCUAUCAACUGGAAGAGCGUCGAGCAUGACGCUGGGCAGUUCGGCCAGGGCGUCAUCGACGGUCUCCGGCGCCGCGCUUCCACUCUUCAAGGGUGGGAAGAGAACCACCACUACAUCAUGGACCGUGCCGUCCCUGCAACUGGCAGUGAGGCGAUCAGCGCACAGCAGGUCGGCCAGGACGUCGGGAAAGUUGGCAGCGUGCUCCUCCACUUCCUCCGCGACGACGCUGGCGAUGCCAGCGAGGCGAUCAACUGGAAGAAUGUCGAGCACGAUGUUGGACAGUUCGGCCAGGGCGUCAUCAGUGGUCUCAGGCGCGCGGAGCCCACAGGUUCUGAAGCUAUCAACUGGAAGAGCGUCGAGCAUGACGCUGGGCAGUUCGGCCAAGGCGUUAUCGACGGUCUCAGGCGCCGCGAGAACCCCUUUCAAAAGUUGGAAGAGCAGGACCGCUACAUCAUGGGCCGCGCAGCCCCUGCAGCUGGCAGUGAGGCGAUCAGCGCACAGCAGGUCGGUCAGGACGUCGGGAAAGUUGGUAGUGUGCUCCUCCACUUCCUUCGCGAGAACGCCGGUGAUGCCAGCGAGGCGAUCAACUGGAAGAGCGUCGAACACGACGUUGGACAGUUCGGCCAGGGCGUCAUCAGCAGUCUCAAGCGCGAGGAGCCCACAGGCUCCGAAGCUAUCAACUGGAAGAGCGUCGAGAGCGGCGUCGAGAACUUCGGCAAGGGCUUGCUCAGUGGCCUCAGGAAGCGUGAGGAUGUUCUUGAGGCGCGUGCAGCGCCGGCAGCGGGCAGCGAAGCGAUCAACUGGAAUACGGUCGGAUACGAUGUUGGCAAGGUCGGCAGCGUUGCGGCCCACUUCCUCCGUGAAGACCAUAUUCCCGAGCGCCGCCCUUCCACCCCUCAAGAGCGGGAGAAACACCCCCACAUGAUCAUGGGCCGUGCAGCCCCUGCAGCCGGCAGCGAAGCGAUCAGCGCGCAGCAGGUCGGCCAGGACGUCGGGAAGGCUGGGAGUUUCCUCCUCCACUUCAUCCGCGAAGAUCCUCUCCUUGCGCGCGCCGUCGAAGACGAGCUCAUGGCCCGCGCUGCUCCGACUGGUAGCGAGGCGGUGAACUGGAACACGAUCGGCUACGACGUUGGCAAGGUCGGCAGCACGGUUGCCUCCCACUUCCUCCGCGACGGCAUGGCGAUGGACGAGCUUGACUAG